AUGCAGACUUCUAUGCUUCCGAUGUCAGAGAAGGAGACGGCAGGGACGGACUUGGAGGAUGCCACGGCGAUAGUGAAGCUCCUGAAGGCGGCAGGAUUCAGUGCUGCUGCCAUACUCGAGCUCGGCCACUCCGCCGCCGCCCUGCGCCUCGCGGGCUACGACGUUUCGGAGCUUCGAGCGCUGGGCCUGGACACGAAAGGACUACGAGAAGCGGGAUACUCUGCCAAAGCUCUACAAGCUUCAGGCUGCACUGCGCCUGAGCUCAAGGAUGCAGGGUAUUCCCCUGCUGAGCUGAAGGAACUUGGCUUCACUGCCUACGAGCUGCGGCUCUUGAGCUUCCAGGCUGAGCAGAUGAGAAAAUCCCAGUUCCCUGCGCAUCAACUCCUAACCGGCGGAUAUAGCUCUGCGGAGUUGAAAGAAGGUGGCUACACGGCACAGGAGCUGCUGAGUGCUGGGCGAACAGCCGCGGAACUGCGUGAAAUGGGAACCGGUGUGGCAGAGCUUCGAAAAGCAGGUGUCGGCGUCAAAGAGAUCAGAGAAGCUGGCUUCACUUACGUCGACAUGAUGAUGGGAGGCUUCUGUCCAGACGAGGUGCUCCUACAGGUGCACAUUCCGCACCCUGAGAUGGGCCAUGCAUGUGGUCAUUUGUUUUCUGCUUCCGGCGCGACCGCACAAUCGCGCCACGAUGUGCACACGGAAAAGGGAAAACCGGAGUGGGAAAUGAUACUGUUGCAAGAAGCAUGCAUCCAACAACCGACUUACUUCCGCAGUUUCACACAAGCUGCUAUGGCAGCGGCGUUACAGCUUGUGCUCGUGGCAUGUGCCUUCCAAGAUGGCUUUGCUGAUAUCGACAACAUCUUCCCUAUUCUGUAUACAAGCAAUCCCGUUGCUCGACACACGGCCUGCCCCACUCCUGCAGGCCAGGCAACUGUAUGCCAACUGAGUGGGUAUGAGGAGGGAGGCAGAGAUCUCCAAUACCUCAUCACUUCGUUGCCAUCCAGUGGCGCUUUGUAUGAGACUUCCCAGAACUACAGAACUUAUGGGACAGAUCCGAAAUAUGCCGCGACAUCCAUCAAGGACUUCGAGCUGCCCUUUAAAGUGACAGAUGCCUUGGGGCGGGUGGUAUACAUUCCACCUUCCGAUGUCUUUCCGCCUGAAGGGCGCUGGGCAGCAAUGACCUACGAAGUCCAGGAGCCAUCUGGCGGAAACAAAUCACAGCCUGGCCAAGUCUCCUUCAGCAGCCCCUCGCAGCAAGUCGCGGCUUCCACCUUCGUAGGUGGCACGGACGCCUGGACUAUUUCGGGCAACAUCUACGCCACAGUGCCAACCUGGCAGGCGUUCGGAUGGGGCAUGCUCAACCGCUACCUCUACGGCACCGACGAAGUCCAGUACAUCGAUUUCGAUACCAACAGUGACAAGUCAAAGUGGUACUUCGAAGCCCCACCGGGGAAGUUCUACUUGCCUGAACUGGCCGCAUCCUACGGCGGGACGCUGCAAUUCACGAUUGCCAGCACCUAUGGUGAUUUCCAGCAUCUGAACAGCCCCCUGGAUUUCAUCACACUAGAGUGCGCUUCGUGCAACAGCGACCGCGGGAUGCGGCUUGUCCGCUUCGCUGAUAAUGGUUUGGAAUGGACAGGUGAGGAGAAGAUCGUCCAGGUCACUCUCUCCACUGGGAACCAUUGGUGGCGAGAUCCGAUGAACGCAGCGUUGCCUUUCACGGAUGCCACGGAGUGUGAGAUCGCGGCUGUCGAGAAGCAGAACGUGCUGCAACCGUCCAGGCAGCCACCAGAUCCAACUUCCGAGCUGCUCGAGUCGAUACAGUCAGUUCUCCGGCAACAGGAGCUCCAAAUCCAAGAGCUCCUCGCGGAGCAGACUGAGCCGCUUGACAGAAGAGCGCUGUGGCGCACACGACAAGGCUCCACUUCACAGAGGCAGCGUUGUCCUGUUGUCUUGGGUUACAUAUUAUGGGAUGGAGUUUCAGUGUUGCAGAAUGUUGCAGAACCGGCGAAGUCCACAUGCCCCACAUCCGAGGAGAGUGGCAGGAGUGGUAUGUUCUAUGCUACACCAAAGUGA